AUGGCGCGUCUCAAAAGUUUCCUAGUCUUUCUGUGUUCACUUGCGGCCGCUUCUCCAAAAUGCAUCACAGACGUUGACAGUGCGAAAGUUGAACUGGAAGAGUAUAUAUCUUUUACGAUACCUGACAUAAAUCCACGGUACAGGCUCCACUAUCAUGUCAUGCCGCCUGUUGGUUGGAUGAAUGACCCGAACGGCUUUUCUUUCCACAAAGGGGAAUUCCAUCUUUUCUACCAAUACUAUCCAUACGACAGUAUAUGGGGCCCCAUGCAUUGGGGCCACGCCUCAAGCUAUGAUCUCAUACAUUGGAACCAACUUCCAACAGCUCUUCUCCCCGGGGAGGAACAGUGUUUCUCAGGCAGCGCAGUUAGUGUCGGUGAAACCAUGACGUUGAUAUAUACAGGCCACGUGGUAACGGAUGUGGAGCCAUUCUACAAUGAGAGCCAAUACCUCGCAUUCAGCGAUGAUGGCGUUUACUUUCACAAAUAUGCUGGUAAUCCUGUUCUGCCCGCUGCACCAAAUGGAUCGCCUGACUUCCGCGAUCCUAAAGCUUGGAAAUAUGGCAAUGAAUGGUACGUUAUACUUGGCAGCAAAACUUUGGACCAACGCGGUAGAGUUCUGUUAUACAAGUCGAAAGAUCUAAAAGACUGGGAAUUCUUAUCUGUGAUAGGAGAAUCGCAAGGAGAUAUGGGAUACAUGUGGGAAUGUCCUGAUUUCUUUGAACUAGACGGUAAGUUUGUUUUAUUGAUGUCCCCUCAGGGAAUGCAGCCAGAAGGCGAUCGAUACAAGAAUACAUUCCAGAAUGGUUAUAUUAUUGGCAGUUUUGAUUAUGAAACGUACGAGUUCCAUCCAGAAGUUGAAUUUCAAGAAAUCGACUUCGGCCAUGACUUUUACGCAGCACAAACAACAGAACAUAAUGGCAAGCGGUAUUUAGUGGCGUGGUUCAGCAUGUGGGAAGUUCCUCACCCAGAAGACGUGGACGGUUGGUCAGGUGCUAUGACAUUAGUUAGAGAGCUAAAACUGGUUGGUGAUAAAAUUUUAAUGAAACCUUUGGAUGAUAUGGUCCAAUUACGACAUCAUACUAUUAUGGACGGACGUCUAUUGCCCAAUAAAGUUGUUAACUUGCCACAAGCCACAGAGCUGAUUGUUGAUGCAAAUAUGAACCAAAGAGUUGAGCUAUUUUUGCAGGGUGUUGAUGGAGGUGGAAAGGUUUGGAUCCGAUGGGAUCCUGUAGUUGGUAAAGUUGCUGUGGACAGAGGAAAAGGUGAUGUCAGGCAAGUGGAAUGGUCCCCCAACGGACAAAGUACAUGGAGAAUCUUCUUAGAUGCAAGCAGUUUAGAACUGUUUUGUGGAGAAGGCGAAGUGGUUUUCAGUAGCAGAGUUUAUCCACUGGGUGGAUGGAAGUUGACGAAUUUGAGUCGACUAUCGUUGAAAAUACAAGCUUACCAUUUGGAACGUAGCGUUCCUGCGUAA